AUGGAACCUUCAACAGGCACACAAUCGCUCCCUCCUCCCGCCCUGCCACAACUCGUCGCCGAGCAACAACUACCCAUUGCCUCGAGCGACAAGGACUCCCAGAGACUUAUUGUUGUGCUCUCCAAUGCCAGCCUCGAGACGUACAAGGCCUCGCACGGUGGCGGUGGCCGCAUGGGAAUGCAGCGUGACGACAAGUACUCCCUACUUAACAGCGACGAGCACAUUGGUGUCAUGAGGAAAAUGAACCGUGACAUUAGUGAUGCCCGCCCGGAUAUCACGCAUCAGUGCCUGCUUACGCUGCUCGACUCACCUAUCAACAAGGCCGGCCAGCUGCAGAUCUACAUUCACACAGCCAAGGGCGUUUUGAUCGAGGUUUCGCCCACCGUCCGUAUUCCCCGAACCUUUAAGCGUUUUGCCGGUCUCAUGGUGCAACUGCUGCAUCGUUUGUCGAUCCGCUCCACCACUUCGCAAGAGAAGCUCCUUAGGGUGAUUCAGAACCCCAUUACCGACCACCUGCCGCCCAACUGCCGCAAGGUGACGCUCAGUUUCGAUGCUCCGCUGGUGCGUGUGAGGGACUGGGUUGAAAGCGUCGGGCCCAAGGAAAGCGUUUGCGUCUUCGUCGGUGCCAUGGCCAAGGGAACCGAUAACUUUGCCGAUGAAUUUGUCGACGAGAAGAUUUCCAUCAGCAACUACAGUCUCUCGGCCAGUGUGGCGUGUAGCAAGUUCUGCCACGCUGCCGAAGAUGCCUGGAACAUUCUGUGA